AUGGCUAGCAGACAACUACGCAAGCUUAGAAAGCAGCAGGAGCUGCUCAACCUCCAGAAUGAAGGUGCAGGCGGGAGCGAGGAAUCUGAAGACGAGCCCAUUGUUACAAAGCCCCGCGGCAACCCGUUUUCUGGUUUUGCUGCUCUCGGCGAUGAGGGCGAUGGUGGGGAUGACGAUGAUGAAGAGCAGCAAAGGAGUGAGGUAGAAGACGCUGCACCUCAGCAAGGAGCACAGGAACAGGCAGGCGAACAGGGAGAUCCUGCUAAAAAGAGCAAGAAGAAGUCCAAGAAGAAAAAGAAGAAGGGCAAACAGCCGGCUGAAGCAUCCACACCGGCUCGGAAGGAGGGCGAUUCCGUCGAUGAGAUCGACCGGGUGCUUGAACAGCUCCGACUGGAAGCUCAAGGGUCGAACGACCCGAGCUCUGGCCCUGCUAUGCAGCUGGGAGAAGACGAAACGGCCAACGCCCUCAAUGCUCUCCUGAGCAUCAAUUUCCAGCAUCUCAAGGCCAUCAACGAGAUGCGCAGGCUGUUUGGGAAGGCCAUAGAUGCGGCCGAAGGGGAGGAGCGCACAGAAGACCGCCGACGUCGGGCGUUGCCUGACAACAUGGACCUCGAGACCUUCCUGAGCGCCCGGGCAGCGCAUCCUGGCCAAGGACACCAGGCCAACAAGAGCUUAUUUGACACUGUCCUGCGCGCAAACCCUUUCAUUGACGGCAAGAAGACAUGGCCGCGCGGCACAGCGCAAGGGCUCAAGAUGAUUCGUGUCAGUGACAGUGAGCCGGGACGGAGUGGAACGCGACGGGGCGAGGUCGAGUUCGCCUUCGCGCACGACGACCACUACGACAAACUAGAAUGCAGCUUCAUGUUGCAGGUCCAAGCAUACGAUCCCAUGCGGCUUGUCCACUUUCUCUACCAGUACCCUUACCACGUCUCAACGCUUAUUCAAGUGAGCAAGGUUGCGCGCCAGGACCAAAAUUCUGCGCUCGCAGCCGAUCUCAUCGAGCGCGCCCUCUUCACCUUCGGACGAGUCAGCAUUAGCGAAUUCCGCAAGAAGCUGGAGAAGGGCUUGGUAAGGAUGGACUUCCGAAGGCCCGAAAACCGCCAAUUCUUCCUCGCCGGCUACAAUUACAUCCAGAGGUUGAUACUGAAGGGCACUUACCGGACAGCACUGGAAUGGGCCAAGCUCUUCCUGAGCCUCGACCAGGCCGACCCUUACGGUAUGCGCAACUGGAUUCAUGUCCUCGCCAUCCGGGCCCACGAGGCACAAUGGUUCAUAGACUUCUGCAACUUGGACUCCCACAAAGACUGGGACUCUGUCAACCUUUUCAGCACCUACGUCAAGCAAAGCCUUCCCCUCUCCUACCUCCAACUCAAGGACACAGAGAAGGCCAAAUCCACGCUCAUCCAGGGCAUGGAAAGGCUGCCGUGGCUCUACUGCACCCUCUUCAGCGCCCUCAACCUCGACGCGCCCAAGUCCAUCUGGGGCAUCCAGCCCCGCGACGAAGACGAGCGCCUCCACACCGAGCUAUACAUCCACAUGACCAAGGACCUCUGGAACACGCCGCAAACCAUCUCUCUCCUCAAAGACGCCGCCACCUCCGCCACCAGAGUCGCCGACCCCGCCACGCUGCCGUCGGGCCCGCGCGUCGACCUCGCCACAGCGCGCUUCAUCUACCUGGACAACACGCCGGCGCUCAUGUCUCUGGUCCCGCGCGGGAUGCUGCACGCGUCACCCAACUACGAUUUCGACCCGCUGCCGCCGCCCAAGGAGCAGAACAUCUUCUCGAGUGCGACACAGGAGAUGCCGUGG